GCCACGCACAACGCCACGCACAACGCCACGCACAACGCCACGCACAACGCCACGCACAACGCCACGCACAACGCCGAGCGCCCGCACCGCUGCCCCGUCUGCGGAAAGACUUUCACCAAGCCGGCACAGCUGAAGACCCACGCCGUGGUCCACACCGGCGAGCGGCCCUUCUGCUGCGACGUCUGCGGCCGGCGCUUCAACGUGCUGCAGAACCUCCACCGCCACAAACACACGCACACCGGCAAGAAGAUCUUCGUGUGCGGCGUGUGCGGUAAAGGCUUCACCCGCGCCGUCACCUUGGCAACGCACAAGCUCAUCCACACCGGGGAGAAGCCGUUGAAAUGCGAGCUGUGUCCCAAAGCCUUCCGGCACGCCAUCAACCUGAAGAACCACCAGCGCGUGCACAGCGGCGCGCGGCCCUACGGCUGCGAGCUCUGCGGGAAGAGCUUCCGCCAGGCGGUCAACCUGAAGAUCCACCGCCGCAUCCACACCGGCGAGCGCCCGUUCGGCUGCGGCGUCUGCGGCAAGACGUUCAGCCAGCAGAGCAGCCUGGUGACGCACGGGCGCACGCACUCGGCCGAGCGCCCGUUCGGCUGCAGCUACUGCGACAAGAGGUUCAACAACAGCAACAGCCUGAAGCUGCACCUGCGCGUGCACACCGGCGAGAAGCCGUACGGCUGCGACGUCUGCGGCAAGACCUUCAGCCAGUGCAGCCACCUGCGCACGCACAAGACGCACGUGCACGCCGGCGGGAAGCAGUUCAUCUGCGACAAGUGUGGGAAGACGUACUCGGACCGGCGCAACCUGAAGCUGCACAAGUGCUGCUACGCGUGAACAAAGAACCUUAAAUCAGCCGUUUCUUCCAUGGAGUCUGGCACAGGCAACAAGAUAAAUUAAAUGUUGUUAAAGAAUGUUUAGUCCAAGAUAAAAAGUCAAAAGUUUCUCAAAGUCAAAGCUGUUUAAUAUGAU